UGGAUUGAUGGAUAGAUGGAUGGAAUAAUUUCUUUAUUCGUAACUGACUUCACAAAGCCCCGCGUCGCCAUCUUCCUGUUGUGCAAAAUUUCCGAAGAGAAAGUGGUCAGAAUGAGUCACACAAUUCUUCUUGUGCAGCCCAACACCAAACCAGACACACGGACAUACAGUGACUAUGAGUCUCUCAAUGAGUGUCUUGAAGGUAUCUGUAAGAUAUACGAAGAGCACUUGAAAAGACAGAAUUCAGACUGUCCCAGUAUCACCUAUGACAUCAGCCAACUGUUCGACUUUGUUGAUCAGCUGAACGACCUCAGCUGUCUUGUGUACCAGAAGAAUAUCAACUCGUACGUCCCACACAACAAAGACUGGUUGAAAGAGAAGAUCUACAUAAUGCUGCGUAAACAGGCCGGACGAUAAAGAGCAGUUAUCAGUGGAUAGUGAUAGAACUUUGUGAACAUGACUUGAUUUCAAACAUUUUUUAAGUUUGCAGGUGGAAAUAUCCUUUAGUCAGUGAAAAAACAGCACUGUGGCUUUUCAUUUGUCAGAAAGCUGAUUGUUUGGCAUGGAUAAGAUAUUUGAGAAUAGGCACACAUGCAUACAUGUAUACACUGAACUGCAGCAUCUAUAAAUUUCAAUGAAUUUGUUUCCGAAAUAUUUUCCAGAUCUGUAUUUUUAAAAAACGCAUGAUAAAUAAUGAUAUAAGGGUGGUGAUUUUUUGCGUUACAAAAAGCAUGACUACAUCUUUGAUAAUAUGUCAUUUUAAUUACGAAAUAUCUUUUAUAUAAAGUCGAAUUUAAAAACUUUUAACAACUUUUCGAGGCACCGAUGUGGUGCCAAAUGGUACGUCAACAUAGUUUCAGUAGGUACGUCAACAUGACCACAAUAUCGCCAUGUUGCACAGAAGAUAAUUUCCAGUAUUAUUUUCAUAUUACAAGAUCAAAUUUUCUAGCUCUGAAUUUUGAAAAAAAAUCAAAGACAUAUUGUCUUUACUUGAUUGUCGUCAUCGGCGUUGAUUAAAUAUUUUGUUUAGGUCCACCUUUUCUCAAAAACUAUAAGAGCUACAGCUUUGAAACUUUGUUCACUUGUUUAUCAUCAUUAGAUGACUAUGUAGGCAAUUUGGCAGAAUUAUGGCCCAUUUUGUACUUAGAAAAUUUGAGUGUCUUGGUUAAAAUUUUUGUUUAGGUCCAACUUUCUUCAGAAACUAUAAAAGCUACAGGUUUGAAAAUCGCACACUUGUUUAUCAUCAUUAGAUGACUAUGUAUGCCAAGAACCAUAACUCUGAUGUGCAUUCUGCUAGAAUUAUUGUCCAUUUUGUACUUAGAUAUUCUGAACUAUAACUCUUUUCUUACAUGCUGUCCAACACAUGCAGACAAACAAUAGCACCCUUAGGUGGUGCUCUUGUUUUUUUUUGUAGUGGAUACAAAACUAAAACAGUUAUUUUGAAAAAUAUACAAAGUUCCUUUAGAACCAUUUGUGUUAGAAUGAUAUAAAUAUGAAUGGUAUUAACUUAUAUUAUACUUGUCCAAAUUAUUGCCCGAAGAUAAAUAAAAUGGCCACACCCCUGUUUCUGACAUGUACUUACUAUAGGCUUUUAUAUAAGAAACUUUGAAAAUCUCCUUUGAAUCAAUAAUAGCAAUAUGUAGCCUUGAUAUUUGGCAUGUGAUAGCAGAUUUGUAAUGUCUAUCGUAAUUGUUCAAAUUACUGCUCCAGGUUGAAAAAUGUGUGUGACAUGUUUAUAAUAUAGGCUAACAUAGAAGAAACCUAACUGUGUACUAAACACACUUGAAGCCUUGUACACAGGUGAGCGCUUUAGGGUCAAUGAUCCUCUUGUUUCAUGUUCAUCACUAGUAUUGAUUUUUAAUUUUAUGUACAAAUUGUUUAACUUUUUUUUCAUAGUAGAAUUUUCUGUUCACUUUAUAAUCUCAUUUUUAGUGUUUAAUGAGAUGAAGUAAAUUGGCAUAAUUACGGUAGAUAUUUUCAAUAGAGUUCUAUCAUACAGAUUUAAGACUAGUUACUUCAUAUUUAUUACAGAUUUGCAUUAAUAAUUUUAUAUCUAUCUGAAAUUUAUUAGAAAUGCAAGUUUGAAAAAAAUAUAAUUAUUACCUCCCUUUGCCUUUCUUGACAGACAGACAGAUUAGAAAUGAAUUAAUUAAGAAUCUACACACACUUCAAAAGAUUGUCUUUUUUUAUGCCCCCGAAGGGAGGCAUAUAGUUUUUGAACCGUCUGUCCGUCUGUCAGUCUGUCCGCAAUUUUCGUGUCCGGUCCAUAUCUUUGUCAUCGAUGGAUGGAUUUUCAAAUAACUUGGCAUGAAUGUGUACCACAGUAAGACGACGUGUCGCGCGCAAGACCCAGGUCCGUAGCUCAAAGGUCAAGGUCACACUUAGACGUUAAAGGUCAUUUUUCAUGAUAGUGCAUUGAUGGGCGUGUCCGGUCCGUAUCUUUGUCAUUCAUGCAUGGAUUUUAAAAUAACUACGCAUGAAUGUGUGACACAGUAAGACGACGUGUCGCGCGCAAGACCCAGCUCCGUAGGUCAAAGGUCCUAAACUCUAACAUCGGCCAUAACUACUCAUUCAAAGUGCCAUCGGGGGCAUAUGUCAUCCUAUGGAGACAGCUCUUGUUGUCCAUAGUGUUGACAUAUCAUUGAAGUAGGUAGAAGACCAGAAACUGAUUUUUUUCACAUUGUAGACUGAAAUUAUAAUGAAUAUUGUGCCAUCAUAAUGAUCAUGUAUUGGUAUGGUCAUUGAGGUAGUGGACUCAUAAUGAUAUCCAGCAAUAUCCAUGUGAUUACAUAUUCUCCUUUGGUAUAUUUUAUCAUCCUGCGGCCAUAGCAGAAAAUUGUAUUUUCUUAAGAACUGGAUAAUAGAAAGAUCUUACAUGCCUGUCAGUGUAGGACAGGGUUUUCCUUCUCUGAGGGACAAUGUGGAAUGAAAAACUGGGUUACCGGUAGUAGCAAGAUUUUUUUAUCUGUGCUGUCCUGAGGGUCAGGGAAAACAGCUGUCAUUCACAGGCAGACAUGUAAAAUCAUUUUUCCUGCCUAUUGCGUUCAGAAUAGAUCGCGAUGAAAAAUAUAUUUGGGUAUCUCCAGACAUGUAUAUAGUGUAGGUACUAUGUGACAUCACUUUAGUGUGCACUAUCUGGGACAAGAGUUUACACUAGGGAAAGAGGGGAAUAUCUGUCUUAUGAUUUGGCAGAUAUAUACCUUCCACGCCAGGUAGGAAAGAAUGUCGAAGCACUUGCAGAGAAUAUGUAAACGAAUGGAAAAUGCCAAUAGUUAUUACGAAUCCACUACCUUAAUGUAAAAAGGGGAUUUUAAAAAUCAGAAAAUAAUUUAUCAGUUUCAUAUUGUAGCAAAACUAGUGUUGAUAUAGUAUGUACUGAUGCAGAAAAUGUUGUGUUACCUGUGCCUUUAAAACAUUUUAUAUUGUUGAAAAUAAGUGACAUCUUAGCCUCUGUAAACAAUUUCAUAUAUAUGUCAGAUUUUUUUGUACAUUAUAUUGAUUGGACUAAAUGAGAUUUUAUGAUGUUGGAUACAUCAAUUAAAUUGUAAAGGUGGGAGUUGUAUCAGUAUAUGAGAGUUGAUUUUUUUGCAUCUCAAGAACUGUUUUUCAUCGAAAUAGAUGUUUUGCAUAUGGAAAUUUUUGUGAAUAGGUUAAUAUUUACUUCCAAUGUUUAUUUUGUAUAAUAGAGAGAAAAUAGCAUGUAUUUUCAUAUAAACAACAUCGGUGCAAUAAUAUCAGAUCAACCCUUAACACAAAUUUUCAAAAAGCAUUGUUCAGAAAAAAAUGUUAAAUCUGAAAUCAAAUUAAAAAAAAAACUUUCAGUCAUUGAAUUAGCAUGACUGUGUAAAUUUUUAAUUAGAUUUAAAGACAUUUUAAAUUAGAAUUAGGAAUUGUAUUUUGAUGGGAAGGCUAAUUAUAAUUCAUUGUGGGCUAUUCUAUCUAUAUGUUGUAAAGAUUGGUAAAUGAAGUUUUAUUAUAAUUUUCUUGUAUACUCUUAAAACAAUUCAAAUUUUUGUAAUAAGAUACUGUAAAAAUAUAAACAUACAUGUAUAUGGAUUGAAUGCAAUUUUUUAUGCUUUCAUACAGUAAUCUUUAUUCUGAAUCAAUGAAUUGCGCUAGUGAUUUAUUUUAUGUCAGAACUCACAGUGUAGUUUACACCUAUAUAGAUGCACAAAAUAACAUUCAGUCCUUAAAUAUGUAUGAGAUCCUAUGAUAGAAAUGUAUAAAAGUUACUGGUAGUUGCUGUUGUGCUAUUCACAUUUCAUUAUUCAUCAUUCCUUACAUUUCAAAUCUGAAUGACAUAAAUGUGUAUUGAAUGACUUUCAAAUAAAAUGUGUAUAUAUUACA